AGUUAACAGAAACGUCAGAUUACAUGGGGAGCAGCUGAAAUGUCUAGAAUGAACAAAACCAGCCUGUUCUACGCUGCACCGCAGUGCUAACUGUAAUGGCAGGUAAACAUUCCAGGGGCUGACAACAGGACCAGACCCGCUGGACUGCAGAACCAGUUGGACAGAACCCGUUAAUGAGAGUCUGUGUAACACUAAUUAGCAAUAAACAAGACGCAAGUGUAAGAGGGCAGCAGGUUCGGACAAAAUGGAAAUUCUUGUCUGAGCCACAUUUCCCAGAAGGCUUUGGGGGAAGGAGCUGCUGCCCUCAAGUCACCUGAAAACAGCUGUUCAGGUGACUUUCAGAGCUGAACUUCCUGUCCAGUCCUCCCAGCCGUCCUGAACUGCACGUCCUGGCUCAGCCCCUUCCUCUGGCCCAGUACUUCCAGGACGGUUGAAAAAGCAGGAAGCGGAGGCUUUCUGAGGCGAUUCCGAUCCGCUGUCUGAGGGACGGAGAGCAGAUGGGGUCUGCGCAGACUCGCUAGAGUGAGGAAGCAGCAACAGACCGGCAAUGCUUCUGCUGUCCUGCAGGUACUGGGCCCCACAAGAUAAAAAUCUUAUCUUGAGUCCAGGGGUGUGCAACGGGUCUGUCCAGUCACCCUGAGGCCGAGGCACUGAGGCCUGUGUGCAGCAUGUGGAGUCUCAGUGCCAGCGUAUCCUCUCCACUGUAGAGCACUGCUGUCCCACCCUGGUCCCUGAGGCCAGUGUGUGGACCCCUGAGGGUUUGAUCAGGUCGGUAAGAUGAUCAGUUCAAGGAAGUCAGGAACAGCCACUCAAUCUGAAACAUCUCAGCUGUUGUCAGCUCUUAAACCUGCUGGACGGCCCCUGUAAACCACUGCGGGUCAUAAACUACAACCCAAAGCUUCAGAGCAGGAAAAGACACUUGCAAAAAUUCCAGUCAGUCAACUCGUUAGUUCACUUCAGUAAUGACGCUGUGCAGGAAUGAAAGCCAACAGGUUUGGACCUCUGAGACCUGCACAGGGGACACCUGCUCUCAGCUGCCUUUGUGUACAAGUGCUUCACGUCCGGGUCCAGCCUGAAAUCGGCCGCAGCUGCUGGACUGGGGAUCUCCGGGACACCCCGUCUGUGUGUCUGUCCCGCCACGGUGUUUGCACCGACACAGCCUGACGGCACCGAAUCGUUCGUUACAUCGCGAUUAGCGACACCUUCGGGUCUCAAAACAAGACAUUUUGUUUAACCGUGUUCACCCGUGUCCCUGACGUACUGUAUUUCCUUGAUCCUGGCCUCUUUUGGACUCCGGACGCUGCAGUUCACGAACCCGGACCCAGUCCAAUUCGGGACCGGCGCUAGAGGCGACUCUGCUGCCGGUCACGGUGUCCCAGCCGUUACAGGCGGGAGGCUCCCCGGCGCCGGCGCUCGCUGGAGACACACCCACCUCGUCCCGGGGCUGGUCCGCCACGGCACCCCGGAGGUCUGGCGUGUCUGUAUGUAUGUCCUCAGCGGUGCGAGGCACGGUCGAGGGCCAAGAAGAAACAGGCUGUAGGAUUUGGAUGUGCGGGGAAGGCGGCUGCACGUCUGCGCAGCGCCUGCGAGCAGCUGCGCUCGUUCAGGGCUGCUGCUCCAGCUGCGCUCUGUUCCCCCGUCGGGACAGAUGGAGUCCACACAGCGUUUGUUUAAAGCACAGAUUCAUGCAACCCCCCACCAACACGCCUCCCCCCGAUGUUCCGGGCGCAGGAUUAUGAGGUUUCUGCAGCGAGACGACCUGCGGCUGCGUAGGGCAAUAAUGAAGCGCAGAAUUGAAUGACCGCUGUAGUUCCGAGUUCAAAUGCCGACCACCACACCGCAAAGCUGUCUGUGGGAGUGAUCGUUUUUUUUUUUUUUGGUGUUACACAGUGUGCUGCUGGUGCAAUUGAAGGGAUCAUCCCAAACAGAGACCAGUAAUCCGCGCAGUGUGGCACUAGAACAUCAAGAACACCGUUUAGUAUUUAUUUUGAUUAAAUUUCCAGUUGGAAUUUGCAGGGAGGCUCAAAGGUCUGUAGUGAACUGAAAUCUACGGGCGGGGGAUUCCACCUGUCCUGAAUGUAGGGCUCUCUGACGCAUGUCUUCGAUUUCACAGUAGUGUCAGCGCAUACAGACCUGCGCUCCUCUGGACCCUAGAAAUCGAACUGCGCCGAUCGUGCCGACACUACGGUAGGCGGGUGACCCGGUGACCCCGCUGGGGGCGUGGCUCCAGCCAGGAAGGCGGAACUGCGCUGGAUGCGUGCCUGUUUCGGGGGCGAAACCGAGUCGACGGCGCAGUUUAGGUUCCAGGUUGGACUUGCUGGUGAGGUUCAGUGCUUACCCGGGAUGUCGGAGGCGGCGACGGCGGCGGCGUUCCGAGCGCAGCUCGACUCCGUCAUGCGGCUGCUGCUGAAAGCGGCCGUGGGGGAGAUUGCCAAGCUGGUGGAGGAGAGCUUCGCCGACUUCCAGCUCCGGCUCGCCCGCAGCGCGCAGGAGAACGAGAGCCUGAAGCUGAGGCUGCGCCUGGCGCAGAAGGAGCUGCGAGCGGCGCGACAGUGUCUGUCCGCGAACAGCAGGAGCCCCGGCCGCGGGCAGGAACGCCACACUCAGACGACACCCUCGGCAGCCGCUAGCGGCCGCCAGGACUGCUAUGGAAUGACGGGCAAUUCCUGCAUCCAGCAGUGGUGCAACAGCACGCCUCAACAGCGCCGCCCUGGUGUAGGUCAGGAGGAACUGCCCGGACCAGAUUUCGCUUUCAUUCCGGAUCCGAGAGCUCCCUGUGCAGACAACAGCGAAACACGCACACAAGGGAGAACUCAGCGGCCUGGCACCGCAUGGCCGGGCCCGCAGGCCAUGGAAGACUCCCGUGCUGAUCCACACUCUGGCCAGCAGGGGGCGUGCAAGGUGGAGCGGGACCCCUUCGUCUUGGAGACGGGCGACACCCGCUGCACGGGUGGGGAGGAUGCGGCUCCGGGGCCCACAGGCGGCACCGGGGGAGAGGAGAGGGGGAGCGGGCCAGAGCCCUCACUCCAGGUCAAAGAGGAGAGGUGUGAGCAGGACUGGACCGCCCUCGGGCCGCGGGCGUUCCGGUGCCCCGAGUGCGGGAGGGUCUUCCCGCAGGCCGGCCAGCUGCGGCUGCACCAGCGCUCCCACGCCGGCGAGCGCGCCUUCCCCUGCCCGCAGUGCUGGAAGAGCUUCCGGCGCUCCGACAACCUGCGCCGCCACCUGCUCAUCCACACGGGCGAGAAGCCCUACCGCUGCACGCGCUGCGCCCGCAACUUCCGCCACCUGCACAGCCUGAAGAAGCACAAGUGCGUCGCGCCCUGA